AUGCUGCCUACACUGGUGGCUGCAUACGGCGGUACAACGAGGACCUCUCCUCCUGUUCUUGCUCCUCAAGACUCAGAAGAGGAAGUCGACGAAGCCAAACUUCCACGACUCGAAGAGGAAGAGCGGAAAGCGAAGAAGUUCACACGCCAGCUCAGAAAGGUCAGCAAGAAACGCCGCGGUUUCCGCGAGUGGCUAGACGAGCUUUACGAGUACUACGAGUACGCUACAUCGGAGAUGGCUACGAAGGAAGAGCAGCAGGCGAAGCUGAAGACGCAUCUAGCGAUCACGCCAAAGACGGUCGGGUUUCUCUAUGAUGCGGGCUACACGACGCCAGCGUCGCUCCGCGAAGCCACGCCGAAUGAAGUCGUUGCGAAGCUUGCUGAGUUGCCGGGAUUGGACUUUAAGAAAGCGAAGGCGUACUACCUGCGUCCGCUGCGGAGGAUGGUGAUGUUGGGUGAUAUCGAGGACCUGGACGAGGCGAGGACGGUGGCGGCGAAGUUGCAGAAGUGGUCGAUUGUCGAGUUGGUGCGGUUGGGGGUCUGGGUGGAGGGGUUUGAUGAUCUGAAUGGUGUGCAGAUUCACGAGAAGAUGAAGGGCUGUGGUGCCAUAUGA